AUGUCAUUUGAAGAGCAGGGCUAUGGUUACAAUUCUGAAGAAUUGAAGACUCCUCCUUCAAGUGGGGAUGAGGAGGUUGAAAGGGAUGUGUUUCCGAAGUUUAAUGAGGAUAAUUCUUUUGAUCAUGUACAGCUCGAGCUUGGAAUGGAGUUUGUCAGUUUAGAGCACUUUAAACAUGGUGUGAAAGACUACAAUAUAAGUCUUGGGAGGCAAUUUACGUGGAUUAAGAAUGACAAGGUAAGAGCAAGGGCCAAAUGCUCAAAUGAAGACUGUGAGUGGAUGAUUUAUUGUGCCUGGAACAACAAAUCCAAUAGUUUCCAAGUGAAGACAUUAAAUGAUAACCAUUCUUGUUGUAGAAUUUUCAAAAAUAAAAGGGCCAGCAGAGAUUGGGUUGCAAAAAAGUUGGAGAAAAGGCUGGUCACACAGCCCAACAUGACAAGGGCAGAAGCUUAUGAGCAUUUAAAAGAGGAGUACAAGGUCCAUGUGCAUCUGAAGAAAGUGACCAAGGCACUGCGUAAAGCCAAGGGCAGAAUAGAAGGAAAUGAGAAGGAACAGUAUGGCAAGUUAAGGGACUACCUGGGUGAGCUUUUGAGGAGCAAUCCUGGCUCCACUUGCCAGAUGCAAGCCAUUGAUUGGGCUGGAUGGUUGUUUCUUAAAGGCUACUAUGGGGGACAGCUCUUGAGUGCAGUGGGAGAGGAUGCAAACAAGAGCUUUUAUGUCAUUGCUUUUGCAGUGGUUGACAGUGAGACCAAAGAAAAUUGGAAGUGGUUUCUGAAUUUGUUACAAGAGGACAUUGGCAGCCAUGUAGUACAUGGGUGGAACUUCAUUUCUGAUCAGCAAAAGGGUUUGAUACCAGCAUUGCAUGAAGUCAUGCAUGGGGCCCAUCACAGGUUUUGUGUGCAGCAAGUCUGGAAGAAUUUCAUUAAGCAAUGA